AAUCUUUCAAAUGAUGUUCAUGUUGCAGUUAAGAUUCUUAACAAUGUGAAAGGAAAUAAGGACGAAUUCAUCAAUGAAGUGCAAACAGUAUGUGGAAUCCACCAUAUCAAUGUGGUUCACUUGGUCGGAUACUAUUAUGACAGAUUCAGAAGAGCUCUUCUUUAUGAGUUCUUACCAAACAAUUCGCUUGAAAAGUUCAUCUCCUCUGAUAGAAAGAAGCGUUCAAUUGGUUGCGAGAAACUGGAAGAUAUAGCUCUUGGCAUAGCUAAAGGAAUUGAAUAUCUUCACCUCGGGUGUGAUCAACAAAUCUUUCACUUCGAUAUUAAACCUCACAACAUCUUGUUAGACCAUAAGUUCAACCCAAAGGUCUCUGACUUUGGUCAAUCAAAAUUGUGUUCAAAGGAACAGAGUGCUAUAUCCAUGACUACUGCCAGAAGCGCCGUAGGGUACAUUGCCCAUGAAGUGUUCUCUGGAAACUUUGGGAAUGUGUCAUACAAAUCAGAUGUUUAUAGUUUAGGAAUGUUGCUAGAAAUGGUUGGAGCGAGACAAAAUACAGUGGCACAAAAGAGUGAAAAUUACUUUCAUGAAUGGAUUUACAAGCGUUUGGAUCAAGGAGAAGAGUUAGGAGUUUAG